AUGAUCCAAAGUGAACAGUUCGGGGGGAGUGCAAAUGAGUGCCCUCUAGCUCAUUUAGACAACUUCCUUGAGUUGUGCACUACCAUCAAGCAAAACAACCUCACGGAGGAAUUCAUUUGGAUGCAUAUGUUUCGGUUCUCUCUUAGGGACAAGGCUAAGUGUUGGUUGAGGUCCGUGAAAGAAGGAUCCUUAACAACAUGGGAAGAGGUUACCAAAGCAUUUCUUGGGAAGUUUUGUCCGCCCGAAAAGACCGCGGAAUUGAGAAGGAAGAUUACAAGCUUCACUCAAGAGGAUGAUGAAACCUUAGGUGAAGCAUGGGAAAGAUUCAAGGAUCUAAAGAGGAAGUGUCCACACCAUGGGUUGCCUUUAUGGAUGAUUAUUCAAAGCUUCUACGACGGUCUCACUCCUACCUCAAGGGCCAAUCUUGACAACGGAGCCGGUGGUAGUCUUAAAAAGCUACCGGUGCAAGAAGCCGAGAAUAUGAUUGAAGAAGUUGCAAGGCAUUACGCCUAUAGAUAUGAUAGAAGAGAAAGUCAACCGAAGAAGAAAGGUAUGCAUGAGUUGAGUGCAAUAGAUCUCAUUGCCUCAAAGUUUGAUAUGCUAGCUCACAAGCUAGACCAAGCAACCUCCUCAAGCGGUACCUCCUCUUCACAACCACAACCACAAGUCAUGUCUUGUGAGACUUGUGGGGGUAAUGAUCACAUGGCUUCAUAUUGCAAUGCUACUAAUGAGCAAGUUGCGGCCAUGAACCAAAGAAAUGAGCAACCUUUCAAUCAAGGUUAG